AUGGAGAAUUACUGUCUUUUAAAAUCCAACCUUAGGAUGAUUUCAUAUUCUUUUAUCUUAUCACAACAGUGGAUUAAUAAAAGAGUCAUUAAACUUGUACUUAGUGGAUCAAAUAUCAUGUUUCCAGGGUUAACAUCUGGGUCUAAGCUUUACCCUGCUGCAGAAGAUACUAUUUUUGCAAACGUGUCAGAAGGAAAGAAACAUGCUGUAUGUAUUGGAGUCCUGAAAAUAUAUGCAGAACAUUUUGAGAAAGUCAACAAAGGAAUUAGCAUUGAAAAUAUCCAUUAUUUAAAUGAUAUGCUAUGA